UGAAUAAUUAGCAUUCUUCCCAGUUAAAAUGUCUUCCGAGAUGGAGUGUGAAGAUUAUUCUGAUUCAUUGUCUAGUCUUGAUUUAGAGACGAAUCUACAAACGCCAACCACUGUACAGUGGGAUCCCGUUUCUGUGCCAAGUCCUCCUUCUAAGGAUAACAUUGAUGAAAUUGUUCGAGAUUUAUUGUGCGAUGAUGAUGAUGAUGUGUUUGUACCAGUGAAGGUGUCAAAGAAUAUAAAGAGCGUUUUACAUCAAAAAGCACAGCAAGUUAGAACACAAAGAAAGGAGGAUGUUGAUAUAAUAACUACCAGCCCUAUAUGUAAUACGCCUACUGUCUCUGAUGUAUCGAGUAUCAGUGAGCACUCUCAACUCUAUACUUAUGACUAUGAUAAUGAUGACGAUGCUGAUAGAUAUCAUGGUAUUUAUAAAAUCUUUAAAUUUCCUCAAAGGAUCAAGCGAACUUUCAAGAAAUGUAAAUGUACCUGUGGCUAUUCUGUUGAUCCCAAUGGCUCGGUAUAUCUCUGGUGGCUUGCUUUCAUGUUUCUCAUUUAUUCGUAUAAUUUAAUGAGCAUCUCACUAAGAUCAUCAUUCCCUUUUGUCCAGGGUACCAAUUUCACUUCGAUAGGCUCUUUAAAAGGUCCGCCUGAAAUCAGCAACUUAGGAUUACUACUGAUGUGGAUGGUACUGGACGUUAUUAUGGACGCUAUGUAUGUCGUGGAUAUUGUUUUUAUUUCGUCUCAUCUUGUUGCAGCUAGUGAAAGUAUUGAAGCAAAAGAUGUUAAAAUUAACGUUAAAGAUUUGUGGCAUCAUUAUGUAUCCAAGUGGCACUUUUGGGUCGAUGUGUUGUCAUUGCUCCCUCUUGAGAUAUUAUACAUUGUUCCUCUCCUACGCUUCAAUGUAUUGCUACGGUUGCCUCGACUUAUUAGAAUACAUCGCGUAUACAUGUUUUAUGAUUUAUUUGAAAGUUCUAUCAAGUAUCCUCAUGCCUUUAGAUUAGCUAAAAUGGCUGGGUAUCUGCUACUCACUGUCCAUAUCUAUGCCUGCAUUUAUUAUGUUGUUUCUGCCAGGGAAGGAUUUGGCACUAACUCUUGGGUUUAUGAUGGCCAAGGAAUAAGUUACAUUCGCUGCUUUUACUGGGCUUUAAUGUCUGUUGCAACCAUACAUGAUCUCAAUGAGCGAAGCCCUGGCAAUAACUUGGAGUUUGCUCUGGGAGCAUUUGGUCAUCUUGUUGGUGUUUUCAUCUUUGCAAUUGUCAUUAGCGAGAUCAAAAAUAUCGUAGAAGCUGCUAAUUUGCAAAAGUUACUCUACCGACAAAAGCAAGAUCAAAUGAAGCAGUUCAUGCAGUCGCAUAAGAUCCCUCCAGAAAUACAGAAAAAAGUGAAGGACUGGUCCGACUAUACAUUCACCCAUCAGAGAAUGCUCCAUGAGGAUAAGGCCCUUGAGUCAUUGCCCAAGAAGAUGAGGUCUGAUAUUGCCAUGAACGUUCACUUUAGCACUCUUAGUAAAGUCAAGAUUUUCAAAGGUUUUGAGAGAAAUUUGCUGAGAGAGCUUGUUCUCAAACUGCACCCGCUCCUUGUGAUGCCCAAAGAGUAUAUAUGUAAGAAGGAUGAGAUUGGACGAGAGAUGUACAUUGUUAAUAAAGGCGUUGUCCAAGUCUUUGGUGGCCAGCCCCGACAGUUGCUGGUCGAGUUAGGCCCUGGAAGCGUCUUUGGGGAGAUCAGUCUUUUAGCGACUGGUAGAGGUAACAGAAGGACAGCUGAUGUUGUCUCAAAAGGAUAUUCAAAUCUAUUUGUACUGAGCAAGAAAGAUCUCAAUGAGACGCUGGUUGACUAUCCGUUUGCUAAAGAGAAACUGAAGAAAAAGGCAAAUUUCCUGCUUCAGCAAGACAAAAGAAGAUCAAAAACUUCUCUACGACAAUAACAUUUAGUAGACCGAUUCAGACUAAAAACUUAUGUGUCACACGAGGUGGAGUUUUUAUCGCAUCAGUAUCAUUUUGUCAAUUAUUAAAGUAGAUUGAUUUUAGUUUGAGAAUGUA